GUCACCUCACGCAGCACCACAGGUCCACAGCUGGUCAGCUGCCAUGCAUCCUGCAGCCAGCCUCACAACCGACGAGCUGCAGAUGAGGCGAACGCCAACCACCCGCCAAGAUCAACAGCAUUGCACAACACAAGGCAACAGAAACAGAACACACAGAGAGACAUGAGAGCAAAGCAGGGGAAUGGAAUGGACAAUGGAGAUCCUCUCCCUCCCUGCCUUGCUAUUUUUCGCCGCUCGUGAGAUGGCGGCGGGUGAAAUGCCCUGACCAGCGUGCGUGCACAUGCCCGGGGAACGGACCCGCCGGGGCUGACCGCUGCUAGGGCCCGGCGUCGUGUCCGGUAGCGGUUGGGGCGGAACGGCGACGCCGUCGGAGUCGCAGUCGCGGUCCCGGCUUCCUCCUCAUCUCCAUUGCCUUCGGACGGGCCAAGGCGCCAGUAGCGGAAGCGUGGACGUGAGCGAGCGCAUCCGCGCGGCCAUUGAGAGCUUGUGCAAGACUUAACCGUUUCGUGGUGCGUCAUGUCGUCUAAUUCUUCGACCGGCCCGCGCCCACGGCCGUCUCCGUCGCCGCCGCCGCCAAAAAGCAGCCCUUCUCCUUCGCACUCAACUGCGCCGCCGCCGUCAGCGGACUCGUCGUCUCCGGGCCCAUCACUGCCCAGCGACUCCUCGCCGCCACCGGCGGCGUCCAGGUCGCAUGGCGCUCAGGCCUCCUCACCAGCCAAGCCCCACUCUCCACGGGAGCAACCGUCUAGAGGUUCCGCGGACGACGGUGGCAGGCCGCCACCGGCUCCCGCGCACCGUGGCGGGCCCACCAUGGUGGAAAUCGUUUUCGCCGCGGCCGGCGCCGCGGCGCUCCUCGUCAUCCUCAUCGCCGCCUGCGUGUGCUGCUCGAGGAAGACGGCGCCGAGGAGGAGGAAGAGACCUCACAAUCCCAUGCAUUACUACGCGGACUUCCCGUCGUCGGCGUGCAAAGCCACAGGUAAUAGCAGCACGUACUACCCGAACGGGCCGCAGCCGCAGUGGCAGAACGACACCGUCGCGGCGGCGACGCGGAGCACCUUCGGCCCGCCGGGAGGUGGCUGGCAUGCGCCGCCGCCCGACAUGACCUCCGGCCCGCACGGCGCACGGCCGCCGCCGCCGACGACACCGCACGAGGCGCUGCUGGGGCUCGGCAAGGGCACCUUCAGCUACGAGGAGCUGGCGGCGGCCACAGGCGACUUCUCGGCGGCGAACCUGCUGGGGCAGGGCGGGUUCGGGUACGUGCACAAGGGGGUGCUCCCCGGCGGCAUGGUGGUGGCCGUGAAGCAGCUCAAGUCCGACAGCGGGCAGGGGGAGCGCGAGUUCCAGGCCGAGGUGGACAUCAUCAGCCGCGUGCACCACCGCCACCUCGUGUCCCUCGUUGGCCACUGCAUCGCCGGCGCGCGCCGCGUGCUCGUCUACCAGUUCGUGCCCAACAAGACCCUCGAGUUCCACCUCCACGGAAAAGGGCAGCCGGUGAUGGAGUGGUCGACGAGGCUGCGCAUUGCGCUCGGAUCAGCCAAGGGCCUCGCCUACCUGCAUGAAGACUGUGAGCCAUCCCCGGAUCAUUCACCGCGACAUCAAGUCGGCCAACAUUCUUCUCGACAACAACUUCCAAGCCAAGGUCGCCGACUUCGGGCUGGCCAAGCUGACGUCGGACAGCAACACGCACGUGUCGACCCGUGUGAUGGGGACGUUCGGGUACCUGGCGCCGGAGUACGCGUCGAGCGGGAAGCUGACGGACAAGUCGGACGUCUUCUCCUACGGCGUGGUGCUGCUGGAGCUCCUGACGGGGCGGCGCCCCAUCGACGCCGGCGACGCGCGCUCGUUCCUCGACGUCGACGACAGCCUCGUGGACUGGGCGAGGCCGGCGCUGUCGCGCGCGCUGGCCGACGGCGACUACGACGGCGUCGCGGACCCGAGGCUGCGGGGCAACUACGACACCAUGGAGAUGGCGCGCAUGGCCGCCAGCGCCGCGGCAGCCGUGCGCCACUCGGCCAAGAAGCGCCCCAAGAUGAGUCAGAUCGUGAGGGCACUCGAGGGGGACAUCUCGCUGGAGGACCUCAACGACAACGAGGGGGUGCGACCUGGGCAGAGCAUGGCGUUAGGCACGGCGGCCGCGGCCUCGUACAAGGCCAAAGCUCCCGGACCGUACACGCACGGCGUGGAACGGAUCAGGCAGGCGCCCACGGUGUACAGCGGCGCGGUGGGCCGUCCCUCUACGAUCGGCAACGACGGCGAUGAGUCCCGUGAACCGCACCAGUAGCAGGCCGGAAGCAGCAGCAGCUGAGUUGCUACCGUGUACGCAUGUGAUGCUGCACCUUUGCAACUCAUGCUCGCCGCGCCGUUAUUGAUUGCGUGAACGUCCUGCUUUGGCGUCUGUGAGCUGCUUAAUCCCAGCUGUUGCCUGCAAAGCUGUAACGGCAGCCUGCGAGCUGCUGCUGUACCUGUACAUAUCGACAAUCAACCACACGGAGAAUGUGCAGAUGAACAAAACCCUA